AUGACAGUUAGUGGGAGGAGAAAGCCGGGGGGCGGGUGGAUAUCCUCGCUGGAGGCUGUCGCGCGGGAGAGCCAAGGAACAGAGAUCGAUCAAGGUCGCUUGACGGCAACGUACGUGGGAUCUAUCUUCGCGGAGCGGAGAAGAAGCAGGGAGGAGGAGACCGGCAGCGGCGGCGGCGGCGGCGAAAAACACGGCAGAAGAAGAGAGCUGCCUCGGUUCUUCAUGCCCCCCCCGGCGUCCGUCGCUUCCAGUACCGGUCCUCCUCUCCCAGCCGGCAGUAGCGGCAGCAAUGCCGACACCACGCAGACGUUGGAAGAGGGCCGCGUUGCGGCGGCGCGGUCGAAGCUGAGGGCGAAGGCUCGGAGCCGUUUCUUGCAGCGGCGGGAGGAAUACCUGAUGGGUUUUGAGGACCUCUCGGAUGUGGAACGAGCCCUUGCGACCUGCGUGGCGCCUGCGCCGCCGCCACCACCGUCUCCCCCGCCACCGCCGGCAGUGGUCGAUGAUGGCAACAACGUCAGCAACGGGGCAAAGGCAGCAGCGCUGGAGCCAGGGGUUGCUGCACCGAAUAGAGGUGGUGGAUCAGAUGACCAUCAAGCGGGGGCGGCGGCUGCGGCGGAGGCGUUGUCGGCGGGGGGGAACGGAACGGCGGGAGUAAGCGGCAGCGAUGGUGAAGCCUCGCAAGGCGGCCUUACCGCCGACACAACUUCGUCUCCGCCGCCGCCUGGUGGUGAUCCCCACGCGGCCGUCGACGCCCAGGGCGGCAGCGCCGACUACAUGGACUUCGUGAGGCUCCGGGGCCUGGUGUCCAAGAAGGCGGCGGCGGCGGCGUGCUUCAGAUCCAGGACGUUCCUGAGGUUCCCCAGGGACAUCCGGGCGCGCAUCCCCUCGCGCGUGUUCUUCAAACACGUCUACGAGUCGGUCACGCUGCAGAAGACCAGGCUCACGCUGCACUUUUACGACUCGGAGGGCUUGGGCUUCCUUCGGGAGCAAGACCUGGAGAACUACGUGUACGAUCACAUACCCACGAUGCCGGCCCUGCGCGCCAUCCACGACAACUUCUACCCCUUCUACGUCUUCACGGCCGUGCGGCGCUUCAUGUUCUUCCUCGACCCAAAGCGCACUGGCAAGAUCUCCAUCGACACCCUCGUGCGCAGCCGCGUCAUGGAGGAGUUCCUGCAGGUAAGGAUAGCGCCAGGGGAGCAGGAGGAACCAGGAUAUGCAGCAGCAGCAGCAGGAGCAGCAUCGGAGAACGGCGGCACCCAAAACGAAGACGCCGGAGCCAAAGGAGGAGGAGUGGGGACGGCGGAUAGCAGCGAAGGCGGUGGUGGUAGUAGUGCUGCUACUGUUGGCGGUGUGGGCACAACACCGUCCAGGGAGGGGGCUCCGCAGGGUGAGGGGGGCCGCGACGACGGGAAUAAUCAUAGCCCGCUCCAGGACUUGAGCAAGAAUUGGUUUUCGGCGGAGAGCACCCUGAGGGUCUACGGCGAGUAUCUCGAGCUGGACGAGGACCAGAACGGGAUGUUAUCCAAGCAAGAGCUCGUCAACUUCGCGGCGGCGGCGGCGGCGACGCCGUCGUGCUCGAUCGCCUGCCCCGUUCCCCGCACCUCCGCGGCGGCGGUCGCCUCUCGGAGCGGCAGCAGCAGCGGCAGCGGCCUGCUGCCGCUGUCGCCGACCAACGGGGGGGUGCGCACCCCGUCCCCGACGAGGCCGGUUUCCCCGGGAAUUGGCGGGGGCCCCACCACCGCUGUGGGUAGCAGCAGCCCCCUGUGCUCUUCGUCUUCUCCCGGCGUCACCAGCGGUGGCGGUGGUGGCAAAGCCUCUCCUGCUGGUGGUGGCGCGGGGACAGCGACGGGGGCGGGGGGGAGGGCGGCGGGGGAGGCGCAGAUGGACUACAAGACGUUCCUGGACCUGGUGCUGGCCAUGGACAACAAGCGGACCCGCCAGGCGAUGCAGUACUUUUGGAGAGUUCUGGACGUGCAAGGCAAGGGGCGCCUCACAAUUUCGACCAUCCACCUCUUCUUCCGAGACAUCGCGCACGCGCUCGAGGAGGGUGGCUUCGAGACUCCCACUACCGAUGACGUCAAGGACGAGAUCUUCGACAUGGUCAAGCCGGCGGACCCCACCUUCAUCACCCUCGCCGACCUCCUGGCGAGCGGCGCCGGUCACACGGUGGUGAGCAUGCUCGUCGACACCAACGGGUUCUGGGCCUACGACAACCGAGAGAGCCUCGCCACGUGA